AUCUCCUGCUGAUAUUUUUCUCCUUCUUUGUCCCCACACUUCAAUACAAAAAUCUGCGGAUGGAUAAAUGUAAACUACCACUAUUACUGUCUACAAUCCAAUUCCACUCGCUAGGACUAUAAAUUCCCAGCUUUCUAGGGCUUCGGGAAUUCUACUGUGUGUGCAUAGAAAUGGACGCCGCGCAAGAAGCCCACAACAGGGAGGCGUUCCGGCAAGCUGUCGUUAACACCCUUGAACGCCGUUUGUUUUACAUCCCAUCCUUCAAGAUCUACCGCGGGGUUGCUGGGCUUUACGAUUAUGGGCCACCCGGAUGCGCGGUCAAGUCCAACGUGCUCGCCUUCUGGCGUCAGCAUUUCGUUCUUGAAGAGAACAUGUUGGAAGUUGAUUGCCCUUGUGUUACACCAGAGAUUGUGCUGAAAGCAUCGGGUCAUGUUGAUAAGUUUACGGACCUUAUGGUUAAAGAUGAAAAGACCGGAACAUGUUAUCGGGCAGACCAUUUGCUCAAGGAUUAUUGCAAAGACAAGCUUGAGAAAGACCCUAAUCUUAGCGCUGAGAAGGCAGCAGAACUCAGGCAUGUGCUUGCUGUGUUGGAUGACCUCUCUGCUGAAGAGCUGGGUGCUAAAAUAAAGGGUUAUGGAAUUACCGCUCCAGAUACAAAGAACAGUCUCUCAGACCCCUAUCCUUUCAAUCUAAUGUUUCAGACAUCAAUUGGGCCAUCUGGCUUGAGCCCUGGAUACAUGCGCCCUGAGACAGCUCAAGGCAUUUUCGUGAACUUUAAGGACUUGUACUACUAUAAUGGCAACAAGCUUCCUUUUGCAGCUGCACAGAUUGGUCAAGCUUUUCGGAAUGAGAUCUCUCCACGGCAAGGUCUUUUAAGGGUUCGUGAAUUUACGCUGGCAGAGAUCGAACACUUUGUAGAUCCUGAUGACAAAUCUCAUCCAAAAUUCUCUGAAGUUGCAAGUUUGGAAUUUUUGAUGUUCCCAAGAGAAGAUCAGGUGUCUGGACAAGCAGCAAGGAGAAUUCCUAUCGGAGAAGCAGUUACUCAGGGAAUCGUCAAUAAUGAAACACUGGGUUAUUUCAUAGGGCGAGUAUACUUGUUCUUAACCGAACUUGGGAUUGACAAAGACCGCCUGCGAUUCCGCCAACAUCUGGCAAAUGAGAUGGCACACUAUGCAGCAGAUUGUUGGGAUGCUGAAAUUGAAUGCUCAUACGGUUGGAUUGAGUGUGUUGGUAUUGCAGAUAGAUCGGCAUAUGAUUUACACGCGCAUACUGAUAAAAGUGGUGUUCCCCUGGUGGCACAUGAAAAAUAUCCAGAACCAAGAGAAGUAGAGAAACUUGUUAUUGCUCCAGUGAAAAAAGAGCUGGGUCUUGCUUUUAAGGGUAACCAAAGGAUGGUGGUUGAAGCUUUAGAGGCUAUGGGGGAAGAGGAAGCCAUGGAGAUGAAAGCAACCUUGGAAACCAAGGGUGAGGCAGAGUUUCGUGUUUGUACCCUGGACAAAGUUGUGACCAUAAAGAGUAACAUGGUCUCGAUCUCCAAAGAGAAGAAAAAGGAACAUCAAAGGGUUUUCACACCAUCUGUGAUUGAACCAUCGUUUGGUAUUGGAAGGAUCAUAUACUGCCUAUAUGAGCAUUCGUUUUAUACAAGGCCUAGUAAAGAUGGGGAUGAACAAUUGAAUGUCUUCCGCUUUCCACCACUAGUAGCUCCAAUCAAAUGCACUGUAUUUCCUCUGGUUCAGAAUCAACAAUAUGAGGAAGUUGCCAGAAAUAUUGCCAGAGCAUUGACCACUGUUGGGAUCUCCUACAAAAUCGAUAUAACAGGCACCUCAAUAGGAAAGAGAUAUGCAAGAACUGAUGAACUUGGAGUUCCCUUCGCAAUUACAGUUGAUUCUACAUCCUCAGUGACUGUCCGAGAAAGAGAUAGCAAGCAGCAAAUUCGUGUUAACGUAGACGAGGUGGCAUCUGUGGUUAAGGAGGUUACUGAUGGGGUGAGCACAUGGGCUGAUGUAUUGUGGAGAUACCCGACUCAUUCCUCUUGACCAGCAGAGUCUCGAUCUCAGAUUGGCUUACCACACUUCCUUGUUGAUGUCGCCGUUCAAACUUCAUUUACAUAUUUAAUCAGGAAAACUGGCGAGACUCAGAAUCAAGAAAUAUACUCCAUAUCACUGUAUGUCGUUUCUGCAAGUGUUUGGACAUUAUUUGUUUCAUUAUAAAUUUUGCAAAGUGAUUUCA